UGAGAAGAAAGAAACUUUCCCCUCCAAUAAAAUAAAAGUAUAAAUAAACCGUUUAAAACCGAAUUUAGUUCAGUCAAUUGAAAAAUUUCAUCAAUUUGUGUUUGCCUUUCAAAGUGGUCUUUUCAAGAUGCAAAAAUUCGUUCAAAUCGAUUUUAAAUCUCUACCAACAUCGGUAGUGAUGAUCGUCACGACCACUCUUUCCUUGCUUUUGACGUACAAACUUUUUUGUUAUAUAAAAUAUCGAAUUGCUAUGUCUAAAAUUCCCGGGCCAAAAGAAUAUCCUUUUAUAGGACAUUUAUUUAGCGUUUUGGUAUCUCCAGAUAAAUUAUUUAAUAAAUUAACGGAAUACAGCAAAAAGUUUUAUCCAACUUAUCGACUUUGCACUGGAAUUAAAGACGCUGUUUUUAUCUCUUCGCCAAUUGAUGCAGAGACGAUAUUAUCUGGAAUGAAACAUAUUGAUAAAAAUUUAAUGUAUAAACCUUUGGAGAAUUGGUUACAAGAAGGGUUAUUAUUGAGUACAGGUCCUAAAUGGCAAUAUAGACGUAAAGUUUUAACACCGACAUUCCAUUUUAACAUUUUACAAGAAUUCACAGACGUCUUUAUCGACGAAGGUAAAAAAUUGGUUCAAGAUUUGACAUUAAACGCGAAUAAAGUAAUAGAUGUGGUCCCGAUCGUGACACAAUUCACGUUACAAACGAUUUGUGAAACAGCUAUGGGAACAACUUUGGCUAAAUCCGGCGAUACUUAUCGAGAUUCGGUUUAUAAAAUGGGUGAAUUAACAGUGCAUAGAAUAGUUAGACCGUGGUACUAUUCACCUUUAAUUUAUAUAUUUUCACGACAAUUUUGGGAAUCUUGGAUUACCACGAAUUAUCUUCACAAAUUUACCAUGAAAGUAAUCAAAGACCGAGAAACAACAUUUAAUCCAUCUGAUAUUACCACCACGAAGGAUGGUUUUCAAUUGAAUACUAAGAAAAAAAUGGCUAUGCUUGAUUUACUUUUAUCGGCAAAACGGUCCGGAUCUGCUAUCAAUGAUAAAGGAAUUCAAGAAGAAGUUGACACCUUUAUGUUUGAGGGCCACGACACAACAGCAACCAGCAUUUCAUUUACAUUCAUGCUUCUCGCCAACAAUAAAGACGUUCAGCAAAAAAUAUUUGAAGAGCUUUACGAUAUUUUCGGCGAUGAUUCCGAUCGGGAUAUAACCAUGAACGAUUUAAGCCAAAUGAAAUACUUGGAACGAGUUAUAAAAGAAUCUUUGCGAUUGUAUCCGAGCGUUCCUAUGAUUGGACGUUGUACAAGCGAGGAUAUGGUGACCAGUACGGGAUGUAAAAUUCCAAAAGAUGUGAUUGUGAUGGUGAGGAUUUAUGACAUCCAUAGGAAUCCGGAAAUUUAUCCGGAUCCGGAAAAAUUCGAUCCAGAUCGGUUUUUACCCGAAAAUUCUAAAGGAAGACAUCCGUUUGCUUAUAUACCAUUCAGUGCCGGACCCAGGAACUGCAUAGGCCAAAAAUUUGCAAUGUUGGAAUUAAAAACCGCAGUUGCUUCUGUAAUGAGACAUUUUCAAUUAGAACCGGUUGAUACACCGGAUACCAUCACACUUCAAACCGAUAUAAUUAUCAGGACAACCCAUGGGUUGAAAAUGAAGUUUAUACCGAGGAAAUUAUAAAUAUAUAUACAUACAGGGUGUUUCGGUGACUCGGGGAACAAAUUUAACCACAUACACUAGAGUGAAA